CUCUACCUACCGUGCCGGUCGUCUUUCAGCCUCAUCAGCCUUUCAAAAAGAAGACAUGGGCAGACAGAAGAUAUAUUUGGACAAACUGUCCCGGUUCUUCCAGAUCCGUAACAUGCUGCUGCGCCAGGCCCUGGCAGAGUGUCUUGGCACUCUCAUCCUUGUGAUGUUUGGUUGUGGUGCUGUGGCCCAGCUGGUGUUGAGUGGUGGUUCCCACGGCAUGUUCCUCACAGUCAACUUUGCCUUUGGCUUCGCUGCCAUGUUAGGCAUCCUGGUCUGUGGCCAGGUAUCAGGUGGCCAUCUGAACCCUGCAGUGACCUUUGCCCUCUGCCUGCUCGGAAGAGAGCGCUGGAGAAAGUUCCCCAUGUACUUCCUCUUUCAGACAAUCGGUGGUUUUUUUGGUGCUGCUAUCAUUUUCGGCAUGUACUACGAUGCCCUGUGGGACCGUCCUGGGAGUUUUAAUGUGACUGGGCCUAAUGCCACAGCUGGCAUUUUUGCUACCUACCCUGGAAAACAUCUCACCAUUGUCAAUGGAUUCUUUGACCAGAUCAUCGGCACAGCAGCGCUGAUUGUGUGUAUUCUGGCUAUUGUGGAUCCAUACAACAACCCCAUCCCCCAAGGACUGGAGGCCUUCACUGUGGGAUUUGUGGUUCUGGUCAUUGGCUUGUCUAUGGGCUUUAACUCUGGCUAUGCUGUCAACCCUGCCAGAGAUCUCGGACCACGUCUUUUCACCGCUAUAGCUGGUUGGGGCACCGAAGUUUUCACAGUUAGAAAUGGCUGGUUCCUGGUGCCUGUUUUUGCCCCAUUCCUUGGCACCAUCAUCGGCGUGGUAAUCUACCAGUUGAUGGUCGGCUUCCAUAUGGAGGGAGACGUGCGUGACAAGAAAAGCCUCGAGGAGGAGACUGUCCAACUCACCAAUGUCUCCACCAAAGACAAAACCAAUGACAAAACCAAAACCAUGCACUGAUUGUGUAAAGAUCGACACGUUACAGCAUUAUUCCUUCUAGCCACAACUGGUGUUUUUACAAACUACCUUACCAGCUGUUGGGUUAUCUCCCACGUUAGUUGUUUGUGAAUAAAGGCCCCUCUCUUGACAUUAUCAUGUAAUUGUAUUAUAUUAUAGAGAAGGAUUGUGUGUAAGUGUAGAGGGGAGAAACACAACUUCAGAAACAUAGAAUUACAUUAAUUCUUUUAGGAGAUGAACAUUUGGAUAUCAGAGUCUAUAGCACUCCAGUUUAAACAGUAUUGUAUGCUUCAUACCUAAUGUAGUUUUAUUUACGUUUUUACAUAUAUAUCUAGAGAGAUAUUUAGACAGACAUAUGUUCUGCACAACCAAUUUAUUUGCAUGUUGUCAGUCCAGAACCUUUCACUUUCACUGUUAACAUUUGAAUUUAGGGAAUUGGGAAAUACAAUGUUUAAAGGUCAACCUAAAAGUUAACAUAUUGAAAUAUAUUGUACAUUUUAAGUAUAGUAAGUUAUGUGAUGCUACCCAUGUAGACUACGUCCACUCUGUUGUUUAGAGCUGACACAUGGUAAAGCGCAAGCCUUCCCACAACAUUAUUUGUGUUACCACGGCUAUCUAAAAGCAGCCAUAUUAAAGCUGCGGUCUUUUUACGUGUUUAUACACUGACUUUGUCGUGUAUAAACACGUAAAGUCAUCAGCAAUCAAACUUGAUCAUGUGGCCUUUCUAUGAACUAGAUGCUUGUAAUUUGAUGCUUUAAAAUAUCCGAUGUGUUAACAGGUGACAAUGCUCUGUUGUGUACAGCACAAUAUUAACAAUCUGUCUUCAAUUGUUAUGUAGCUCAUGCCUAUUGUAGUGUACCUUUGUGUAUGACUCCUUGGAUGGGUACUAAACUUGAACUGAUAGCAUCUUGGUCGAUAGUAUGUUGUUUCAGGGGAAAUGCUUUGGUACUGAUACAAUAAAGUUUUUUUUUGAUGAAUGCG